ACUUCCUGGCCUGGCUUGUGCAGAAGUAUACUCUCUUCGAACGAAGUAAGCACCAUCUCUUUCCGUCCUUCUCUUGUCUUGUUGUCCUUCCUCUUUUCAUCAAGUCCAACCGACAAGCGGUGCUCUUAUCAUUAUGCUUCUGCAUUUUGUAGCUUGUCUUCCGAUUUUCAAUUUCAUACACCAUACUCGUGCACAGUCCGCAGGCUUCGAUUCGCGAGAAGCUACCAUUGAGUCGGUACACCACAGUCUGUUCGUUGGCCUCUCGACAUGUAGAGAGGUUGUAUCCGCCUUUAUCACCAGGAUCGAGGCUGGAAACAAUAACAUCAAUGCCGUCGUUUCUUUAAAUCCAUAUGCUCUUUCUACAGCAGAUACUCUUGACGAAUCUCUGUCUGCGGGUAAUGCAACUGGGCCCCUCUUCUGUAUCCCAGUUCUGCUGAAGGACAAUUAUGACACGGUGGAGAUGAACACCACUGGUGGUUGUCUUGCAUUAAAGGAUUCUUUGCCGACAGUUGAUGCUCCCACGGUUACAGCCCUCAAACGUGCGGGUGCUGUUAUCCUGGGCAAGGUAAACUUGCACGAGCUCGCCCUGGAAGGUCUCUCCGUCUCUUCAUAUGGGGGACAGACACUAAACCCCUACGAUUUCAGUCGAACCCCAGGAGGUUCCUCAGGAGGUUCGGGUGCCGCCAUUGCUGCUUCGUUCUCUGUGCUUGCCACUGGAACUGAUACCGUCAACUCUCUACGGAGUCCUGCAUCGGCAAACUCAUUGUUCAGCAUCAGACCAACUAGGGGUUUGAUCAACCGUGCCGGCGUUAUUCCAAUCUCUUAUACUCAAGAUGCUCUUGGUGUCAUUGCCCGGACGAUAAAAGACGUUGCCUCUGCUCUGACCGUUAUGGCGAGUGUAGGAUACAGUGCAACGGACAACACUACCGCUCUGGUUCCAACCGCUUCUCAAGGACUCGAUUAUAUGGCAUCUUUGGUAUCUUCUCCGCAGUCCUUACGGGGUGCACGCCUGGGCUUGCUGGAAACAUUUUUCAACCGGACAGCCGACAUUGAGACAACGCCGGUAAAUGUCGUUAUGGAGAACUUCGUAACGAAGCUGGAAGCCGCCGGAGCUAUCGUUAUACCUAUCAACGAAAGCAUAUAUAAUGCUACGGCUAUUGCUUCUGCUUUGGACGUUCAGCGUUUUGAAUACCGCCAGGAGAUGGACACAUACCUUCGUACCUCUAAUCUCAGCGGCAUAUCCCCCCGUUCUUUGACCGAGCUGUAUUCCACAAACAAUACUUCUGGCUCUGUUUCCGGAAAUGGAUCCUUCUUGGUCAUUCCUUCCGAGUAUGAGUAUGUCACCACAGCUCUGGUAUCAUCGACGUCGAACACAACCUAUGCCGCAGUCCAGGCUGGCAUACGCAAUCUCACACUUGCUCUCCAGUCGACCUUCUCUCGCAACUCCCUCGACGCUCUCAUCUAUCCCGAGCAGAAAAACCUUGUUGUCAAGCUCGGUGCUGCCUCGCAGUCCGGGCGCAACGGCAUCCUCGCCGCCCUGACAGGCAGCCCUGUUGUUACUGUGCCGGUAGGCUUCAGCAACACCACGUCCGACGCGCCGCUGGGUGUUCCAAUCGGUAUGGAAAUCCUGGGUCGGCCGUGGUCGGAGCCAAAGUUGCUGAGUCUGGGUUGGGAGAUGGAGAAGCUGGGGCGCGUCAGGAGGUCGCCGCAAUGGGCGACGAAGUACCUAGAGCCGAAGUUGUACGAGAGUGUGCCGGCCAUGAAGCCAAACAGGGGUAAUGUGCCAGACGCAUAUCCGGUCGGCGUCUUGUGAGGCUGUAGGACUGCGUCCGCGUGGUGUUGUGCGAAGCGGGCUAAGGUUUGGUGACGGGCGAGCGUCACUGCUCGUCUGUACGCCCUGUCUGCCGUGAUCUUCUUUCAGGUGCUUUGUAUUUAUGAAGUUUGCCGUGGUUGCGGGUAGGCGCCGCUCUUUGGACAGUAGCUCCUCCGGUUGGCGACACAGGAGCAAACAACCUUCUGCAUUACAACUGUCACAUCGCCUUGCCUUGUCCCCUGACCAUAUAUGUUCCACAGGCAUGGCAAUGUCUUGCUUGUCGCAUGAUGUUUUCGAUGUUGUGCAUUGGUGCAAGCUCAUCCGCUACCGCGUGGACCGCUUCUAUCUACGUACAAAGGCCGCAAGGAACUCCACAGCAAAGACUUCAGCG